AUGGACGACAUUUCAGAGAAAAAUACAGCACAAGAGGAACCUUAUACCGUCUUCUCCCCCACAAAGAUAUUGGUCAUUCUCCUCAUAGCCUCUUUAACAGGCAUGCUUUCACCGCUGACCGCCAAUAUUUACUUACCAGCGCUGAACCUUCUCCAAAAGGACCUUGACACCACCACGGAGCUUGUAAAUUUGACGGUGACCGUGUAUAUGGUCUUUCAAGCUAUCUCGCCCACAUUUUGGGGUUCUUUAGCGGAUGUGUGGGGACGCCGACCGGUGUAUCUUGCCACACUGAUCAUCUACAUUGGAGCCAAUAUUGGUCUCGCACUGACAAACGUGUAUUGGCUACUGUUGGUACUGCGUAUGGUCCAAGCGUUCGGUUCGAGCUCCGUGAUUGCCAUUGGCGCCGGUGUCGUGGGUGACAUUGCUGAACCGUCCAAACGUGGAGGCUACUUUGGUGUGUACACGGCUGGACAACUUCUCGGCCCGGUGAUUGGACCCGUCAUAGGUGGAGCGGUGGCUGAUCGGCUUGGUUGGCGGUGGAUUUUUUGGAUUCUUGUGAUCGUGAGCGGCGUGGCCUUGCUUAGUGGAUUUUUCUUUCUUCCUGAAACGUUGCGGUCCCUCGUCGGCAACGGUUCCGGUUACGCUAACCCUACACCAGCCCAAUGGUUGCGUCGUCGACGUGACAAAUCACCGGUCUCUGUUGAGCCUCACAGUACCCAUCGAUUUCGUCGUAUCCCAAACUUCACCGCCCCUUUUUUGUAUCUGCUACAGUACGACGUGUUGCUCGCCCUUGCUUAUAACGCUUUCCACUACACGGCCUAUUACUGCUUUAGUAUUACGACGACCAAACUGUUUAGCAGCCAUUACGGGCUUUCGGAACUGCAGAUCGGGCUGUGUUUUCUGUGCCCUGGUGUAGGAUGCGUGGCAGGGUCGCUUUUGGAAGGUCGCAUUAUGAACCACAACUUUCGUGUUGUGGCUAAAAAGAGGGGCUUCCCUCUAGAUAAAGCGGUGGUGGGAGGAAAAGUGGCACUGGAAUUUCCCAUUUUCCGCGCACGGUUGCGCACCAUGUGGAUCAAUGCCGCUGUAGCCCAAGUGAUUUGCUUGAUCUACGGAUGGUUGAUGAUGGUGCGCGCCCCUCUGGCUGUGGCUUUGGUCCUUCAAUUUCUUGUUGGUUAUGGAACAACGGCUGUCAUGACAACAUUCCAAACCAUUUUGAUCGAUUUGUAUCCUGGUAAAGGAGCCUCUAUCACAGCAUCGAAUAAUCUGUGCCGAUGUAUACUCGGUGCGGUAUUUACUUUUUGUAUGGAGCCGGGCAUUCAAAGUGUUGGUUAUGGAUGGAUGUUCACAAUUGUGGGGAUCAUCCUUGUUUUGUCCAACGCUUUUGUGCCUCUUUUAAUUCAUUACGGAUCUCGAUGGCGUGUUGAACGCGCAGAGAAAGAAGGCUGGUACAAAAAAGAGGAUACCCAUUUUUCAUAA